AUAGGCCCUGUGUGUGUCGUAUUGGGGUGUUACCUUGACGACUCAGGACCCUGUCAGUGCAGUUCCUCCCAUCAGUUAGCAGGAAAAGAAAGUAUCAGCAGCUGCCACUCCAGACACACACACGUACACACAGUGGCAAGCCGACAAAAUGAUCCUGCUGCCGCUGGCAUGGGCGCUGUUGACAGCACCACUCUGGAAAUCUGGUUCGAGCCAGACCCUGCUAGAAGAUCCCGUCACCGAGCGUUAUCCGGAGAUCCACAGUAAUGAGACUAUUGACUGUGACUGUGUUCACUCCCACUGUGACUUUGUCUACUGGUUCUACAGCAAUCUCAACACUGGCAAAGUACAGUUCCUUGGCAAAUGCAACAACGCUGACCGAGAUACGUAUGGGUCUGAUGUGAAAAAGGGUCAUUUUAAAAUCCAGAAAAGAGGCGGUAUGUCAUUUGUGCUGCGGAUCAUUGAUGUGACAGAAGCAGAUGCAGGGAUUUAUUCUUGUGUCCUAAAGGACAAGAGCCAAAAUGAAUUGUGGAAGCCGGGAGUUUUUCUUCGGCCAGGAGUGACACCUCCAACGCCACCUCCCAAGAUAAAACCCAAACCCAGACCAUCAUUCUGUCGCUGCCCAGCAAAAAAUCCUCCAGAUGGCUGCGGCUCCAUGAUUCUGUGGCCGUUGGUUGGACUUGUUGCGAGUUUGGCUUUAGCUCUCAUCUGCACACUUUACUACUUCAGCCGGCUACCCAAAAAAUGUCGCCACAACUUUGUGAAGAAGCGCCAGAUGACCUAAAGCACUGCAUUUGCAUCUUUUCUCCAUCUCAAGGCAUGUACUGCAUGUGUUUAAUAUGAUGUAUGACUAUUAAAGUUUAUUUAAGUUCAUGAAAAUUGCUCCUGUGAUUGCAGCGGCUGAAGUGCAUCACUCAAGUUGUCCAUCCAGUGGAGUAUAAAGGACGAGAUUCACCCUGAAGAGUCACUCUGCUAACAAAUUUCAUGUUUAUUUACGAUGAAAUGUGCCUUCAGCAAGAAAAGAGUUUUAUAAGAGCAGCAGCCAUGUAAGAUACUGUGAUAUUUGUUGUAUAUUUUAGAAGACGGAGCUCCACAAAGUUCAGCCCCUACUGUAACUUUUUGUCUAUAAUGUGUGUCACGAAUCACUAUUCAUUUUUAUCAAAAGGAUUUUUCUCAUCAUUAUUAAAUCAGGACAAAACAGGGUGCUUUUUCUUCAAGCCCAAGUCUUUUUCAGAUACGUUGCGUAGCCUGAUCAUUUUAUUUACAUACCAACAUCACAAAACUGCUGGAUAUACAUACAGUAUUUGCUCAUUUUCUGCAUUUUUUUCUUCUCUUUUCUGUAUUUAUUUGUGUUUUUGUCUUUGACAGUAUGGUGGUAUGUUCACACAUCUAUCUCAAAGUAAGAAGUUCUGUCAUUUACAUUUUUCUGUAAGUGUUUAAUCAAUAAAAACUAUAUUUCCAAUCA